ACGCAGGAGGGGUGAGGUCACGUCUCCCUUGAGCCCCGCGCCGCUGGCUUUUCAGAGCCGCGCCACGAGCCGGCGGCUAGAGCCCCAGACCGCGCGGACCGUGCGCUCGUCUGCCGUCCCUGCGCCGCCGGCCUCGCCCAUGUCUGAGUACGACCCCAGCUCCGACUUCAAGAGGGCUUUGGACAGCAGUCCCGAAGCCAACACUGAGGAUGACAAGACCGAGGAGGACGUACCCAUACCCAAGAACUACCUGUGGCUCACCAUCGUCUCGUGUUUUUGCCCCGCGUACCCCAUCAACAUCGUGGCUUUGGUCUUCUCCAUCAUGUCUCUGAACAGCUACAACGAUGGAGACUUUGAAGGAUCCAGGCGGCUUGGGCGGAAUGCCAAGUGGGUGGCCAUCGCCUCCAUCAUCAUUGGCCUUCUCAUCAUCGGCAUUUCUUGUGUAGUUCACUUCACAAGGAAAGCCUAAGAAGCCAGCAGGCCGUGCACACGUGGAGGGUGGACCUCAUCCACGCACACCACAAAGGAGCUUCUGAGGAGUGGGUCAUCAGCUUCAGACUGUGAGAUCUUUUCCUCUAGGACUCUCCAGAGGCAGGUCCCUGCAAAUGAAUGACAACAAAAAAGUCCAAAAUUUAAGAGAUCCAAGCUGCACAGCCAGAUCAGCCAAAGUCACUGAUUUGUAAAAAAGAAAAAGAAAAAAAUGAAGUCUCACUGUCUCAGUUUAGCACAACCUGUCAUAUCUUUGCCUCUUCUGCAGAGAUGGGAAAUCUCAUUACUUUUAAUUGGAGGGUGAGUCUGGAUUUGGGGGGAGUGGGAGGUUUCUAGGAAGAGCAGUGGAUGCUUGUGUUUACAGUGUCAAGCACAAACAUUAGCAGCAUGUUUAAAAUUGUCUAGUUGUAGAGUUGAAUCUGUGGGGGGGUUUCCUGUUAUUUUUAUAUGUCAUGGCUUCUCUUCAAUCCUCAGUAACUCCUCCUCUAUCCACACCCCUCCUCCCAGAGUUCACCCCUCCGGUCAUCAAAGACUCAAGGGGAGGGGCUUUCUGGCCUUUUGUCUUGUCCCCUACUUUUCCUAAUAGCCCCCUCCCUUGCUUGCACUCACAUUGCUCAACUUGACCAUAACCUCACUCUUCACUCAAAUGAACUCUGAGAAUGUACUUAGUGGUCAAUUCUAGGCAUGUGAGCACCUUCUCCAUCCCAGUUUUGGGAAUAAAACUGUGUUUUACGGACUGUGCUUCUCUUCACUCUCUGUCUUUCUCUCUCUCUCUUUAACAAGUCUCAGGCAAGAUCUUUGAUUUUCCUGAAUGCCAACCCCGAAAUGCCACCCAUCGUAUUUCUUUUCUGUCAAAUGUAAAUCUUUUACGUGGGAAUGUACUAGUUAAUGACGUUCGCCAUUAUUCUGCCUGCCAGAACCCGCUGAUCCACUGUUUCACAGAGCACUAGACUUGUGCCACUGGUGGUACACAAGAUCUUUUUCUUUUUCUUUUUUUUUCUGUGGCUGGUCAGUAUGGGGAUCCAGACCCAUGACCUUGGUGUUACAAGGCCGUGCUCUAUAACCAACUGAGCUAACUGGCCAGCCCUACAAGAUAAUUUUUAAGUAGUUUAUAGACACAAGGUUAAUACUGAAUACAAAGAAUGUUUCCCUCUUUCUAUUCUUUUUCAAUCCUGAUUGCAGCAAGGAAAAAGUCUCCAUUUAGUGCUAGUGGGUCCUUAACUCUUUUCUGACCUUUCUGACGCUGGUUCUUUUCUUUUUUUAACAAAGAAAGAGCAGGCCUCAGAUGCAGAGUCUUCUGUCUAGAUAGAACUUAAAUAUUGUUUUGUUUUCAUGAUAUUUAUUUUAUUAUUACCUUCCACUUACUACUUUUCCACAUAUGAAUGUGAUAUAUCAUUUCUGUUCAAGUAAAUUUACUCAGGGAAAGUAGGAGGACUCAAAGAGAAGUGGUUAACACAACAGAUUAUAUGUAUACAAGGCAAAAAUCACUUUAAGAACUAAUAUUAGUAACACAGUGAUAAUGAAAAUUCAGAAGCAAAAGAAAAGGCAGCUUAUUCUAAUUGAAUGAACAAGAGGCUGAGAAUCAAAAUACCUGAGUUUCGAUGCCUUUUUUUUUUCUUUUGCCACUAAUUAUCUAUGCAAGCUGAUUUUUGUAAAGUUUCUUAGCCUCUCUGUGCCUCAAAUUUCUUCAUCAGAAAAAUGGAGAACGUCUGCCUACUUACCUCAUCACAAUGUUGUUAUGAGAAUUAAUUGCCACAGUAGAUGUGAAUGUCCCUGGGGGAAAAUUCUAUGUGCUAUACAAAUACAAAGCACUGUUCUCAGAUCUAUGUAUCUCAGGCAUUUGUUAAAAUACUGGACCCUAGAAAAAAUAAAAGUUGAGGGACACCAGAUUCCACCUGUCAUUUCACCCAGAUGCCCAUUAUGAGCCAGCUCUUGUCCCAAGAGGACAUUGAAUCAGGGACACAAAUUCUCAGCACACAGAGAUUUUAGCAUCAUUCCAGUAUAUUGGAUCAUGAUUUCUGUUUCUGAUAUCUUGGUUUUUGUUUGUGUGUAUUUGAGUUCCUGGUCUUUUA